AGAAAUUCCAGCACGAACCACCCACACAGAUCCCCUGUACACUCAAACAUGAGCCGACGCCGUAGUCGCUCGCCUCACACUCGCCAUGGCUGGCGAAGCAGAAGUCCAGAUCGCCGCCGACGAAGCCGAACACCGCCGUCUCGGCGAGAUGCAUAUCGCCGGCGUAGUCGCAGUCCUGAUAACAAGUACGGGUCUCAUCUCCGCGACGACUUCGGUCGGGAUCGGGAUCGACGAAGCUCUACAACCACAUCUCAGCCGUCGUCAUACGCCCCACGCCGGCCUCCUGCAACCUCCAGCGAAGACGACAACGGCUACUACGCGAUGCGCAUUGCCGAGCGCCAAGCGAUCAAGUAUAAUCUCUGGGCAACAUUUCCGUCCCCGCCGUCACCGGAACCCGUCGUCGCAAAGAAGAAAUCUAAGUCUGCUGCUCGACCACGCACUCCAUCCCCAGCUCCAUCAUCAUCGUCCUCAUCUUCUUCGUCCGAGGAAGAGCGCCGCCGUCGCCGCCGAAGAAGUCGUCGUAGCAAGCACAAGUCGUCCAAAACGUCGUCCAAGGCCAAGAAGCGACGGCGGAGCCCAAGUACAAGUAGCAGCAGCAGCAGCAGUAGCAGCAGUUCCAGCGACUCAGAGCCCGAAGCAAAGGCACCGGCUUCCCCAGUUCCCGCAGUCGAGCAGUCUGCCGAAGAACUGGCGCGCUUCCGCGCUGCUGUGCAGGGCUCGAAACCCGCUCGCGACGACGACAACGACGAGAUCGUGGGACCCAUGCCCCUCCCCGACACCGCCGCAUCGGCCACGUCUUCCGUGACGUACGGGCGGGACCUCCUGCCCGGCGAAGGCGCCGCCAUUGCUCAGUUUGUCCAGAAAAACAUGCGAAUCCCUCGACGUGGGGAAGUUGGGUGGAGUGGGCAAGAAAUCGAACAGCUCGAAAACGCAGGAUAUGUCAUGAGCGGAUCGCGCCACCAGCGGAUGAAUGCCAUUCGUAUUCGAAAGGAAAACCAAGUGUAUUCGGCCGAGGAGAAGCGCGCGCUGGCGCUGAUCAGCAUUGAAGAAAAACAGCAACGAGAAAACACCGUGAUGGCCGAAUUCCGAGAAAUGCUGACGGAGAAACUGACCAAGAAGCAUGGGGCGCUCGUCGUCGAAGACCGCAAGGACAUGCCGGCGGGGAAGGAAUAGGACAUGGCGCUGAACGACGACCGUCUGAAUCGACAUGCAUCGAGGACAUGCCAUCUAUGCGCUUCCCCCCUGCAUUCCUCAUCUUUAGCCAGUCUUGUUGCUCCCCCUAACGAGAAAGCGUUGCCGUCUCGAUCCAUGGAGGGAUGUGCGCGAGCUCGUGGAGCAAACGCCUCAUCAUGGGAGGAAUGCAACACGUGGUCAUCGUACCAAACGUCCCGUUGGGAUAAGCACGUUGACAGCGUCCAGACGAAUACGAAUGAAUAGCGAUCCGAGCCGAGCUGCAGUCGCUCCGGUCCAUUCCCGCGCUGCGGUCUUGGCGCCGCCGAGUGGCGGCGGAUCACCCCAUGCUCGCUGGGUG